AUGAGUAGGGCGUUGGAGGAUGGUGUUGUGGGAGAGGAGAAAGCGAGUAACGGCCAUGGAUGCUGCAAAACAGGGCCAGGCUACGCUUCCCCUCUCCAAGCCAUGUCUGGUCCACGAGAGUCUCUCAUUUAUGUCACCGCUGUCUACUCAGGAACGGGAAUUGAGAAGCCUGACUAUUUGGCCACAGUCGAUGUGGAUCCAAACUCCCCCACUUAUUCCAAAGUCAUCCAUAGGCUGCCUGUUCCUUAUUUAGGUGAUGAGUUGCAUCACACUGGCUGGAAUUCCUGCAGCUCUUGCUAUGGAGAUCCAUCAGCACGGCGACGAUUUCUCAUCGUACCUGCCCUCGUAUCAGGUCGCAUAUAUGUGAUUGAUGUGAAAACAAAUCCAAAGGCUCCAUCUUUGCACAAAGUUGUUGAGCCCUCCGAUAUCAUACAGAAGACUGGAUUAGCUUAUCCACACACUUCUCAUUGCCUUGCUUCUGGUGAAAUCAUGAUCUCAUGUCUUGGAGAUAAAGAUGGAAAUGCCGAAGGAAAUGGAUUUCUUCUUCUUGAUUCAGAGUUUAAUGUAAAAGGAAGGUGGGAGAAACCAGGGCACAGUCCACAAUUUGGGUAUGACUUUUGGUACCAGCCACGUCACAACACUAUGAUUAGCACAUCAUGGGGUGCUCCUAGAGCUUUCACAAAAGGUUUUAACUUAGAGCAUCUAUCUGAUGGAUUAUACGGGAGGCAUCUCCAUGUAUAUAAGUGGCCUGGGGGCGAACUGAGACAAACAUUGGACCUUGGUGAUUCAGGGCUUCUACCCUUAGAGAUAAGGUUCUUGCAUGAUCCUGCUAAAGAUACAGGCUUUGUUGGGAGUGCAUUGACCAGUAACAUGAUACGAUUCUUCCAGACCCAAGAUGGAUCCUGGAGCCAUGAGGUUUCCAUUUCAGUGAAACCAUUGAAAGUGCAAAACUGGAUUCUUCCUGAAAUGCCUGGGCUUAUAACUGAUUUUCUGAUUUCUCUUGAUGAUCGGUUUCUAUACUUUGUAAACUGGCUUCACGGGGAUAUAAGACAGUAUAACAUCGAGGACCUUAAAAACCCUAAACUGACAGGACAAGUGUGGGUUGGUGGACUUAUCCAGAAAGGAAGCCCUAUAGUAGCUGUAACAGAUGAUGGUGAAACUUGGCAAGCUGAAGUUCCAGAGAUUCAGGGGAAAAAGUUGAGAGGGGGCCCACAGAUGAUUCAAUUGAGUUUAGAUGGGAAGCGGCUGUAUGCUACCAACUCACUGUUUAGUACAUGGGACAAACAAUUUUAUCCAGAUCUUGUGAAGGAAGGCUCCCACAUAAUACAGAUUGAUGUUGAUACUGAGAAAGGUGGCCUGAAAAUCAACCCCAACUUCUUUGUGGACUUUGGAACUGAGCCUGAUGGUCCUUCUCUUGCCCAUGAGAUGAGAUAUCCUGGUGGUGACUGUACUUCAGAUAUAUGGAUUUAA